AUGGGGAGGCCACUUUUCUACGAGAUACUGGAAAAACCAGCCACGAGCUGCAUUAUAGCAUUCUGCACUGCAGUGUGGUUUUACAUACAGAAGAAAAACCUCGGCUAUUCACAUGUCGGCUCGAGUUACGAAACAGCAUUGGAAGGCCACCAUUGGAGGAUAAUCACUUCAGCAUUUUCACACAUCAGCAUUAUUCAUCUGGUGUUCAACAUGAGUGCACUCUGGAGUCUCGGAAUAGUCGAACAGUUGGACCACAUGGGCCUUGGCUCACUGUACUAUCUUCAGUACUCACUCGUGUUGGUUGUCUUAUCUGGCGGGCUAGUGAUCGCAAUGUACCACGUACUGAUUAAUAGAUUCAAACUGGAGUAUUUCAAAAGAGUGACAGCCGUCGGGUACUCUUGUGUUGUCUUCGGGUGGAUGACAAUUCUCUCUGCGAAGCAGCCCUCCACAAAGUUGAAUCUCUUUGGACUUCUCUCUCUUCCUAUCAGUUUUGCGCCAUUCGAGUCAUUGAUCUUCACUUCGAUAAUUGUUCCUCAAGCGAGUUUUCUUGGCCACUUGUCUGGAAUCAUCGUGGGGUAUGGUAUUGCUUGGGGCUUGAUCGGUGGGAUGAACAACUUCUGGGCUAUAUCGAUGCUGGGCUGGAUCGGGGUCGUUUUCGUGAUCAGCCUGAAGAAGUCUGGAGCUUGUGAUUUCGAGUUUCUCGAGAUCGAGUCUGUAACAGAUCCUUCGUUGCCUUCUGUGAGGUUUCUUGGAAAUGGUAGAGUUUUGCAGAUGGGUUCAAUUCCAGUUGCCGGUGUAGAACUUGUGUGA